AUGGGGGUAGACCCAUUAUCGCCAAUUGCACCAGUACGCCUUCGGGCGCUAUUGUUGCCAAUAGGCAAGAUCAAGCGCUCGCGCUUUCUGAGCUUCGCCUCCCGACUUCAAGCUGAAAAUGUGGUCCGCUUGGGGGAUAUCAGUCCCGACGCUCGGCCAAAUAGAAGUGCGAACCUUCCCCCUAUGAGCUCGCUGGAUAUCGUUUACAUGUUUUCUCCACUCGCAUUCCCUACUGGAAUGAUUCUAUACGACCUCUCCUUUGCAGUUCCCCCCACCUCGCAUCUCGAGCUAUUCCCAUUCGAAAUAUACCGAGAGCCCUUGGUGGUCAUUGCUAUCGCCGACGGGUCGGAGCUCCCUCCAAGUGCGAACUCGAGUAGUCCACACCCCGCGCCAGAAGGUCUCGACCAAUUGCUCGAAGAGCUCAACGCAGCCAAGGAGAGAAGCCCGCGGGCACUGGUGAGCCAGCUGCUGAUAUUUGACUACGAAGGCCUGGAAAGAAUCAAUAAUGGGCCAGAAAACGUUAUUUGGGUUCCACGACCAGAGGCUUCAAAAGCAACAACCAUGAAAACGGUUUUGUGUGACAUUACCUCGGCCUUGCUCUCAGAACUUGACGAGUUCGCGAAGACUAUUCAGGCAAUUCCGACCAUUGAAUCCCCAAAGACUUCCUCCUGGGGUCCACAUCGCCAUCCGGAGCUACGACCUGAGACCGCCAAUUCCAGUGAUGUACCCGAUACGCCAAAGUCCACUGACUCUGGUGGCCAAUCCCUCCCUGAUCAUGAAACAGCAACGACAUUUGAUGAAAUUACUCGGUCAAUUCAAAUCACCCGCACACAAUCCGGUAGUAAAAGCCCUUCAAUAGCAUCUGGCAAAGAGCAGAGCAGAGAUCGAGGGUCUGUCAGUGCAGUGAGCGCUACAGACCGAACGAAGAACCGUAUCAAGGGACGAGCUGGCGUUGUCAUUGGUACUCUAUUCCUGCAGGCAGGAAGAUGGCAUGAUGCUCUGAAAGAGCUCAUCGAUGCGGCGAAUAAUGCUCGUGCCAGUAGUGACUAUAUCUGGCAUGGCAAGGCGUUGGAGUCAGUUCUAUUAUGUUUGCUCAUGCUUGGCUGGGCAGGGAUGGAUUUCCAGAUACCUUCAAUUCUCUACCCCGUAGCAGAGAAGUCUUCGAAAUCUUCUGCAAAGGACGCCGCUCCUCCAACUAGUGCGGGAAACCGCAUUAUUUCUCUUCAAAACCUAGCAAACUUGCUCCCAGAUCUUUCAAACACCAUUGUGAAUCUCUACACCCGUGCCGCAAAUAUCACAGAGGAGCCACUUCCCCAGCUUGUUUUUUCGGAAACAGUCAUUCGGCUCGCAAGGCUCCAGACAUCAGCUCGCAUUCGCGAUGGCUCUCUUGACGAUAACGCUCUCAAGCACAUUGUCAUGAAUGAGCCUCUGGUCCCGUUGCUUCAACCUGAACUUCCUCGAGGAACAGUUCUACUUCGCAAGACUGAUAUCGCGAAUUUCCUUUACAAAGCUUUACCAUUGUCGCCCAAUGCCGACAUUCCUGCUACCGAUGCUGUGCCUAUAGUUGUGGGGGUGAUUUCUGUCUUAAAUGCCUUGGAUCUACCGCGAAAGAAAGCCUUCAUUAUGCGAGAGCUGCUCACAAUCAUGGUACCAAGUCUUGUUCAAGCACGGAAGAUUGGUGCUGCCGAAGUUGGUAUUCACCCAGCUGCAGGCCUGGCAUCUCUGAGCGAUACUGCAUUCGAUGUCAAUGCUUUAGAUGUGGGCCCAGGCGAUAUGGAAAAAAGCGUCCGUAUGCUUCUAGCGACAAUUGGCGAAAUAUAUGGGGUUCAGCCUUCUGCGUAUUACGAGUGGGAGCAGAGACAGAGCAUAUCAUUCCGCCACCUUAUCUUGGAUAGAUAUGGUGACAUCAAUCUCAAAAUCGACGUCCUUAAGGCUUGUAUCAACUGCUGCGAGGCUCUUCCAGACUUUGAUGGUGUUUUGAGAUUCACGGUCGAGCUGCUUCAGACUAUUCGUGGCGAUUUGAUGCUUGGCGACAGGUACAGGACCCCGCCUUACCUCUCACAAGAUGACCAAGUCCGUCUUUUGAAUAAUAUCAAGCGCACGGUUGGAGCAGCCAACCGUUUAGGUUCGUCACAUAUGGCUGCAGAGUACUGGGAUGAUUUCCUUGUGCGUGGGGUUCAGCUUCUGGCGCUGCCAAACCCACGAAGGCCCGUACGCCGGUCCAAAUCUGAACUGGAUGCCGUGACGGCUACUUCUGAUAAAGCAAAGAAGGAUCCAUUCUUGUAUAAUCCAUUCGCGAAGCCAAACAGCAAAGCCCUGGAGGUACUCUCGGUCGCUGGUGAGCCUGCAUCUUUCCGCGUUACUCUCCAGAACCCAUAUGAGUUUGAUGUCGAAAUUGAGGAAUUGCGGCUGGACAGUGAGGGCGUUUCUUUCGAAGCUGUUGCAAAAAAUAUCAUUCUGCCCCCAUUAUCUCUUCAGGACGUGGUUGUGCUUGGUACUGCUCAUGAAGAGGGCAACCUCAACAUCACUGGGUGCAUUGUCAAAGUCAGACAUUGCCGGAUGCGAAAAUUCUCAAUCUUCAAGAAUUUAUGGAAACCGGACCCAGAGGUCAAGUUCAAGCGCACUGGAUUGGCCUCGAAGAAGCCACCCACUGAGCGCCCCAUGUCUUGGAGCUCAGAGACGUCAAGAGAUGGCAAAAUUCUCGCGAAAAAGGGCCCCGAGACUGAAACAUGCGAAGUCAAAGUCAUUGGGAAACAGCCCUCUCUUUUAAUCGAAUCAAUGUCAUUAUCCCAAUCGGCAACGAUGGUCCUUGAGGGUGAGGUCAAAUCGUUUACUAUCACACUCCACAACACGUCCUUUGCCCCCCUCAAAAACAAAGACCUUUUACCGGUAGAGAUCUAUGAGUUGGAGCUUAAGCUGACCACUCAGCCGGCAUUGCGAUGGCGUCGUGAGGGAACUAACCCGGAGAAUUGCUCUAUACUCGAAGGCCAAAAAGCUACUUUCACAAUCGAAGUCUUAGGCAAGCCUGGACUUCAAGAAACGACAGUGCAAAUCGACUAUUCUUUCAUCCGCGCCAAGCAGGGCGAGUUACCGAGCGUUUUCUACACGAGGCAACUGUUCGUUCCCCUCACAGUCACUGUGAAUGCAAGCGUUGAAGUGGCUCGAUGCGACAUCUUGCCGUUCAGCGGCGACUUUGCUUGGAAGAACCAUCUUGAUGCAACCCUUAGCUCUGAUAAGCAAUCAGUAGCACCCUUGUCAGCCACCGAACUAGAUCCAUUCUCUCAGGUGCUUCCCCGCCUUGGCAAUGGGGCGUAUGGACCAGACCAUUGCGUUGUAUUGCUUGACCUGCGGAAUGCUUGGCCAAGUCCCUUGUCAGUAUGGCUGUGUGUCGGCGAAGACUCCUUAUCAGCGCAGCAAGGUGAGAGCGGCAAGUACUCAGUUGAUGGACACCUUCAGCCAGGUCAGGUUUCGCGCUUUGUUCUGGUAAUCCCUCGAAUCUAUCUUGAUAAUCCGCAUGCGGCUAUCCCUGUGGUCAACACUGGCACUCGACGCCAAUUUGUCGUGAGUGCUCACAAACUGUCCUACGAGGCAGAAGGUGCUUCACGGGAAGCAUUCUGGUUCAGAGAAGAACUCCUUAAGCGAAUUGUUGGGGGCUGGUCAGAGCCUUCCACUGGUCGUGAGGGCUCCAUUGAUCUGCGUAACAUCCGUCUCAAUGCUCGCAUGGUGGAAGCAAUGCGUCUCGAAGAUACGGAAAUAAGCUUUUCUCUUGCCUCGCCUUUCGCUACCUCCAACCCUGAGUCGGCUGCUGCCGUCACUCAGAUUGGCCGCUAUCGUUUCCGUGCUAAGACAGAUGAGCUUCUUACUCUCACUGUCAACGUAAGGAACCGUUCUUCUCGCCCCAUCCAUCCCUUACUUCGUCUCCAACCGGGCCUCCGCCAUCAACCGAACACGAUUGCAUUAGACCUCACUCGGCGUCUCGCAUGGACUGGCAUGCUUCAGAAAGCGCUUCCAAUCCUACAGAGCGGCGAGUCAACGGAAACUUCCGUCGGCGUCACUGUGCUCUGCCGCGGCGAAUAUGAUUUCGGGGCUAGCGUUGAGGAAGCCCGAAUCAUCCGCUCUGUCCACGAUGGUAAAGACGGCGAGCAAGAUAACCCACAUGAAGACGAUAUCAAGGACACCUUUGGAACGGACGUCGCCAGAAAACGGCGAAUUUGGCACGCGAAGGAGCCGUGCAUCAUUCUUGCCGAAUAA